ACCCGCCGCCAGGACAAACGCGAACGGGACAACAUUCGACAGCAUACUGGGGAACUGCAUAGACAUCGACUCGGUGGCCGUGGUGCAGCACAAGCUGGUGCACAGGAUCGUAGGCGGGAAGAUGUCGCCCCCCGUGCUAUACUAUCUGCCGCCUAGCCCGCCCUGCCGAAGUAUCCUACUCCUGGCCAAAAUGCUGGGCCUGGACUUUGAGUUGAAAAUCGUGAAUAUCCUGGAAGGAGAACAACUGAAGCCAGACUUUGUGGCCAUGAAUCCGCAGCACUGUGUCCCAACGAUGAAUGACGAGGGCUUGGUUCUCUGGGAGAGUCGAGCAAUACUCUCCUAUCUGGUGGCUGCCUAUGCCAAAAGUGAUGAGCUGUAUCCCACGGACAUACGAGUGAGGGCUCUGGUGGAUCAGAGAUUACAAUUCGAUCUGGGAACACUUUACAUGCGACUUACGGACUAUUAUUUUCCUACCAUGUUCAUUGGAGCUCCAUUGGAUGAGGGUAAACGUGCCAAGUUGGCUGAGGCCGUGGGCUGGCUGAACAUCAUUCUGGAGGGAAAACAAUAUUCUGCCGCCGAGCACUUUACCAUCGCAGAUCUCACGCUCUUGGUGACGGUGUCCCAGCUUGAGGCCUUUGAAUUUGAACUGCGACCCUACAAGCAUAUCCGGCAGUGGCUGGACCGCUGCAAGGAUCACAUGGCUCCCUACGAUUACGAGGAGCUCAAUGCCAGCAAGGCAACUCUUCUGGCCGAUAUGUUUAAGGCCAAGAUGAACCAAACGGGUGGUUCUUAAUGCUUAUAUCUAUAAAAUAAACUCAGUUACGUUUUAAGUGUUGUAUUAAAUAAAA